AUGGCGAUAAUGGAACAUGCAUACUAUGCAUCUUUUGGGUAUCAAGUGACCAAUUUCUUCGCUGUGUCCAGGUGGGUUAUGGGACCUCUAGGAAGAACAGUUUAGAACUAGAGCUAUCCAGUAUAAAUAAAGUUAGUUUAGUUUAGGUUUCCUCCUGUAGUAACACUGGAUCAAUAAGAGAUGAUCCUUACUGGACCUCUAGGAAGAACAGUUUAGAACUGAUAGAGCUAUCCAGUAUAAAUAAAGUUAGUUUAGUUUAGGUUUCCUCCUGUAGUAACACUGGAUCAAUAAGAGAUUAUCCUCACUGGACCUCUAGGAAGAACAGUUUAGAACUGAUAGAGCUAUCCAGUAUAAAUAAAGUUACAUAAUCAUUUACCAAUUCAGCCGUUAUGGUAAUCCAGAUGAGCUCAAACACCUGAUUGACACAGCACAUGGUCAUGGUUUGCUGGUAAUUCUUGAUGUGGUACAUAGUCAUGCCAGUAAGAACACCAUGGAUGGUUUAAAUCAGUUUGAUGGUACCAAUGGAUGUUAUUUUCAUGAUAACCCAAGAGGAUUUCACGAUCUCUGGGAUAGCCGAUUGUUUGAUUAUACACAGUAAGUACAGUAACAUUGACCUAAAUCUUAACGACACAAUUCAAUAAAAAUUCAAAAGGGCAAUAUCCCAAAUUAUGUAAUUCUCGAAAUUUUCAGCACCUUGGUCUAGUAAUGUACAAUUUUUUUUAGAUGGGAAGUCCUCCGGUUUUUGUUAUCGAAUUUGCGAUGGUAUUUAGAGGAGUAUAAAUUUGAUGGAUUUCGUUUCGAUGGUGUCACCUCGAUGAUUUAUCAUGACCAUGGUUUGGGGCACGGGUUUGGUGGGGACUAUCCAAACUUCUUUGGCCUGGGGGUCGACACGGAGUCUAUCACCUACCUACAGCUUGCCAAUCAUAUGAUGCACACUGUUCAUCCUGAUGUUGUCUCGAUUGCUGAGGUAAAAACUAACUUUAUUUAUACUGGAUAGUUCUAUCAGUUCUAAACUGUUCUUCCUAGAGGUCCAGUAAAAGUCAUCUGUUAUUGAUCCAGUGUUACUACAGGAGGAAACCUAAACUAAACUAACUUUAUUUAUACUGGAUAGCUCUAUCAGUUCUAAACUGUUCUUCCGAGAGGUCCAGUAAGAGUCAUCUCUUAUUGAUCCAGUGAUACUACAGGAGGAAACCUAAACUAAACUAACUUUAUUUAUACUGGAUAGCUCUAUCAGUUCUAAACUGUUCUUGCUAGAGGUCCAGUAAGGAUCAUCUCUUAUUGAUCCAGUGUUACUGCAGGAGGAAACCUAAACUAAACUAACUUUAUUUAUACUGGAUAGCUCUAUCAGUUCUAAACUGUUCUUCCUAGAGGUCCAGUAAGGAUCAUCUCUUAUUGAUCCAGUGUUACUACAGGAGGAAACCUAAACUAAACUAACUUUAUUUAUACUGGAUAGCUCUAUCAGUUCUAAACUGUUCUUCCUAGAGGUCCAAUAAGGAUCAUCUCUUAUCGAUCCAGUGUUACUACAGGAAGAAACUGGAGUACCUUGAGAAAACCUGUGAUGUUUGGUAGAGUCAAACUGGAAGCAUUCUUCUCACAUGUGACUGAGGUGGAAUUAUAAUGAGACAACUGCAUAUUGGAGGAAUCAAACCUCAGUCACAGAGAUAAAAGACACAUGAACUGACCACUGUGUCACUAAUGUUUGUGUAUAUUUUCAGGAUGUUUCAGGCAUGCCUGCACUCUGCCGUCCCAUCAAUGAAGGUGGCAUUGGAUUUGAUUAUCGUCUUGGAAUGGCCAUACCUGACAAAUGGAUAGAAGUUAGUAAACAUUUUUAAUACUGGAUAGCUCUAUCAGUUCACAGUUCUCGCUAGAGGUCUAAUAAAGCUCGUCCAGAGUGUUGCUACAGGACAUUAAAUUGUUUUCCACUAGUUAUUAAAGAAAUGCAAAGAUGAAGAUUGGGACUUUCAAGAGUUAUACCAUACCAUGACAAACAGGCGUUAUAUGGAGAACACCAUCGCUUAUGCCGAGAGCCACGAUCAGGCUUUAGUCGGAGAUAAAACUAUUGCAUUCUGGUUGAUGGACAAAGAGAUGUAUGACUUCAUGUCAGUGACAUCUUAUUUAACUCCUAUCAUUGAUCGAGGACUGGCCUUGCAUAAAAUGAUAAGGUAUGUGUGGUGAUGGUGAUUAUGAUAGUGAUGAUGAUGAUGGUGAUGAUGAUGGUGAUGCUGAUAAUGAUGAUGAUGAUGUGAUGGUGAUGAUGAUGAUGAUGAUGGUGGUGAUGAUGAUGGUUAUGGUGAUGAUGAUGAUGGUGAUGGUGAUGGUGAUGAUGAUGGUGAUGAUGAUGGUGAUGAUGAUCAUCAUUGUCAUGGUGAAGAUGAUAUUUAUAUAUGGUGGUACUAUUUUAACGCUAACUCAAUACUUCAACAUUCUUUUCCCUCCCAGAUUACUGACUCAUGGUCUUGGAGGAGAAGCGUACAUGAAUUUUAUUGGCAAUGAGUUUGGUCAUCCAGAAUGGUUGGACUUUCCCAGGGAGGGGAACAACUCAAGCUACCAUUAUGCCAGAAGACAGUUUCAUCUUGCUGAUGAUCCUUCAUUGAGAUAUAAGUUUCUGAACGAGUUUGACAAGAAGAUGAAUCAUUUGGAGGAGGAAUAUGGUUGGCUGCACGCUCAGCAGGUAGGAUUGUCGUAAUGGAAACGUCUUCCAGAGGUGGACAAACCAGGAAACAUUGUUUCCUAGCCAUGUUUCUCAAAGGUGGACAAACCAGGAAACAUUGUUUCCUAGCCAUGUUUCCCAAAGGUGGACAAACCAGGAAACAUUGUUUCCUAGCCAUGUUUCCCAAUGAUGGACAAACCAGGAAACAUUGUUUCCUAGCCAUGUUUCCCAAUGAUGGACAAACCAGGAAACAUUGUUUCCUAGCCAUGUUUCCCAAAGGUGGACAAACCAGGAAACAUUGUUUCCUAGCCAUGUUUCCCAAAGGUGGACAAACCAGGAAACAUUGUUUCCUAGCCAUGUUUCCCAAAGGUGGACAAACCAAGAAACAUUGUUUCCUAGCCAUGUUUCCUGAAGGUGGACAAACCAGGAAACAUUAUUUCCUAUAUAGCCAUGUUUCCCAAAGGUGGACAAACCAGGAAACAUUGUUUCCUAGCCAUGUUUCCCAAAGGUGGACAAACCAGGAAACAUUGUUUCCUAGCCAUGUUUCCCAAUGAUGGACAAACCAGGAAACAUUGUUUCCUAGCCAUGUUUCCCAAAGGUGGACAAACCAGGAAACAUUGUUUCCUAGCCAUGUUUCCCAAAGGUGGACAAACCAGGAAACAUUGUUUCCUAGCCAUGUUUCCCAAUGAUGGACAAACCAGGAAACAUUGUUUCCUAGCCAUGUUUCCCAAAGGUGGAAAAACCUGGAAACAUUGUUCCUAGCCAUGUUUCCCAAUGAUGGACAAACCAGGAAACAUUGUUUCCUAGCCAUGUUUCCCAAAGGUGGAAAAACCUGGAAACAUUGUUCCUAGCCAUGUUUCCCAAUGAUGGACAAACCAGGAAACAUUGUUUCCUAGCCAUGUUUCCCAAAGGUGGACAAACCAGGAAACAUAGCAAUGUUUCCUAAAGUGAGACAAGAUAGAAGAGAUUAAGGGUCAAUUAUAACGGCAAUCAAACGAUUUCAAUUUUAGGGUUAUGUUAGUACGAAACAUCAGUCUGACAAAGUCAUGGUGUUCGACAGAGCCGGUGUCGUGUUCAUUUUCAACUUUCACGCGACAAACAGCUAUCCUGAUUACAGAGUCGGUGUUCCCGCAUCGGGGAAGUAUCCUUGAAUUACUUUAUUGAUGGGUUCCAUUAAGCGUCGAUACAUGGCAGUAGAUGGCACUCAAGGAAAUCAAUUUUAUUUAUUUGCCACCAAAUAGAACACUACAAACUUAAACAUUGUAUCAAACCUGCAGCAGACUUGUAGCAAUGCUGUUCCAACAACUUGUCAAUAGGAUGUGUUCGCACUGCUUGUUCCCAGCUUGUUGACAAGUUCUCAACGACUUGCUGAUAACUUGCUACAAGGUUGUUGAGCUCAACAGACUUGUUACAAGAUGUUCCAACAACUUGUUAUCGUCCUGCAAUUCAACAAUUUGUCAACAAGUUGUGAGUGACAACCUUGUAGCAACUUGAUAAAAUAACAACAUUGUUACAACUUGUUGACAAGCUUGCUACAAGCCUGUUGCGAACACAUCUUGUUGACAAGUUGUGGGAUCUCAGAUCCGCAUGUCUGUUGUGCUAUCACGUCAAGUGCAUGGGCAGAACAUAAGUUUGUAUACCAACAUGCAAAUUAUUCCUCAAGAAAAGGACUAUUACAAGUUCUGACGAACGUGAGCAUUUUCCUUGACAAAUACCUCCAGAUAUAAACUAGUUUUGGAUUCAGACGCCGAAAAAUUUGGUGGCCACAAGAGGAUUACUCCUGGUUGUGAAUACACCGUGGAUGAAAUGAGUUAUAAUGAUCGACCUUAUUCAACUUUGGUAGGAAAAAAUAUCCGUAUUACCCUGGCUCUAAAUGGGUUUAAUUUUUCUAAACCUUUUGGUCUGAUAGCUGACAAAUGAUGAAACAGUAAUUUGGAACUGACAUCUUACAAAAUAUCUUAACUGACAGUUGACAAACGAUGGAACAGUAAUUUGGAACUGACAUCUUACAAAAUAUCUUAACUGAUAGUUGACAAACGAUGGAACAGUAAUUUGGAACUGACAUCUUACAAAAUAUCUUAACUGAUAGCUGACAAACGAUGAAACAGUAAUUUGGAACUGACAUCUUACAAAAUAUCCUAACUGAUAGCUGACAAACGAUGAAAUGGUAGAACUGACAUCUUACAAAAUAUUUUGUGUGCGGCAUUUCUCGUUUAUGACAUGUAUAUAAACAUUCUUGAUUUUGUCCUUUUAAAUUGCAGGUUUACAUUCCUUGUCGAACAGCACUGAUACUCGCCCAUGUGGAUUAA